ACUGACGUGCCCGUGACGUCAGAGCUUGUGCAUUCAGCAGAAGUCUUGUUGCGGACUGCGGCACUUGUGUUGUGAAUUUAAGCAGAAGUUUCAUUUUUGCGGUGUUAUGCAUUAGAUAUAUAUUGUAAAUACUUGUAAGUGUCAAUCACGGGUAGUUUCUAAAUGUUGUUUCAAUGCUCGUCAGCUGUUAUGUGUAGAAAAAAGUCCAACAAAGAGUUUCUAUUAAACGACAUCCAGGUCACCGGACAGAUGAGGAAGUAGUGGACACGACAUGAGUCACACCGUCUUCCUCAAACUUUCUUCAUUACAGACUUCAUAACGGAACAAAAACAGAUUGGGAUUUAUCGCGUGCAACAUCAAGUAAAGACUCGCUCACACCCAUUACAAAAGAAUCCGCGCUUAUCACCAUGACAACCUCUGCACCAAUCACACUGCGUGUCUUUUCUCUUAACUGCUGGGGGAUCAGAUACUUGACUAAACUCCGCAAAGAGCGAUUCCACAUGAUUGGAGAUCUGCUGUAUAAUAAACAGUUUGAUGUGAUUUUACUACAGGAGGUCUGGUGUGAAACGGAUGUUCUCUUUUUAAAGCAGAAGCUCAGCAGCGUUUAUCCUCAUUCACAUCAUUUUAAAAGUGGGUUUAUAGGGAGUGGACUGGUUGUCUUCUCCAAACACAGGAUCCAAGAUGCAUUUUUGUACAGAUAUUCAUUAAAUGGCUAUCCUUACAUGGCUCAGCAUGGCGACUGGUUUGGUGGCAAAGCCGUUGGGAAGAUCCUGCUCGACAUAUCUGGACUGGCGGUUCAUGUGUUUGUCACUCAUUUACAUGCCGAAUACUGUCGAGAGAGAGACUCGUAUCUGCCGCACAGAGUUGUGCAGGCCUGGGAGCUUCAGCAGUUCAUAAGGCACACUAGUGCCGGAGCAGAUGUGGUGAUCUUGGGGGGAGAUCUAAACAUGCACCCGGAUGAUCUCGGUACCAGAUUGUUGAGAAACUGCACUGGACUGCUGGACUGCUUCAUAGAGACGGCCAAAUUUGAUGGAUGUGAGGGAGGGAACACACACAUAAGUGAAAACCCUUUCACAAACCCGCAUGAACUCGUUCCAUUUGGUGGAGGAGUCAGAAUAGACUACAUCCUCUUUAAGAAUUUGGGGCCAGUAGAUGUAAGCUGUGAAUCUUUGAGCACAACUAAGGGUCCCAUCCCCGGACAACCAUUCUCUUACUCUGACCACGAGGCACUUACUGCUGAGUUUCUUCUUACUACAAAUAAAAAGGGGCGUGGAUGCCCAGAUAGAGAGUUUGGCUGUUUUCCAGAUAAGCUUCCUGACCUGGUAAACACAGUUAACGAAGCUCGUACUGAAGUAAAGGUGGGCCUUCACUGUGCAGAGCGCAUGCGGCACACGGCGGCACGUACAGGCAUCAUGGGGCUAGUUCUGUUACUACUCGAGCUAGCCAUAGCUGCGGUUCCCCUGUUUGCUCUCGCUCCUGAACAACCCUUUCCUAAAGCCUCCUUUUACUUGUUGGGGGUGCUGUGUAUCGCCGUCCUGCUCUUUGCUUCCCUGCUGUACAUCUUCUACACCAUGGAGGUUAAAGCACUUCAAGGAGCUGAAGACGAGAUGAGAUUGGCAAUCACAAGCCUUCAGGAAAGACUAAAGGAGUCCCACAAGGGUCUGUCUUGGGGCCAAUUGCAAAAUCCAAUAGUUGGCCAAGAUCCUGGUCAUUUGCAAGCAGAUAACUCAACUUAGUUUUUUGUGAAGUUAAACUAUUAGACAGCAAUUAUGAGAAGGACUCUGAGGCACUGUUUUAGGAUCUCUUAACUUAAGGGUCCUCUUUUAAUGACUUGUUCACAUUUUUCACCACCUAUUUAAAGGGUUUUGUAUUCGCAGCUUAUUAUCUAUUCAACAUGACUGGGGAACAGUAAUCCCUAGAGAAAACCAAGGGGAAAUUAGACAAUAUGAUAAGAGCGUAUUUUAAAAAUAUUGUUUUAACAGAUUCUGGUAACCUAAGCAUGGACCACUAUGGAUUAAAUGUGUGGCAGCUCAUUUUCAAAAGACUUAUUAUUAGAAUAUUCUUUAUUAACUCAGUAUUAUAUUAAUAUUUGUCAAUUGAGACCUGCAGGGCAGGUGUCUCAGUUUUUUUCUAUGGCUAAUGUUUCAAGUCAUAAUUGUCAUCUUUUGUGUUUUAAAUGUGAUUGGUAUUGUACACUAGAGACUGUGUCCAUAAAAAAAUGUCAUUUUGGGAAUACCACAUACAACCUCUGUUUUAAACAAUCAUGGUGUAAAACAUUUGUCAGUCUGUAGGUGGUGCUAUGAUUACUUUGUUUAAUAACUGUAACACUCCAUAACUGUAUACAUUAAGACACUUUCAUUUUGUCUAACCUGUCAAUAACCUCAUUUAUCUCUGAUAUACUGUAACACUUGAUGCAUAAAUCUUUUAUAAAAAGAAUAAACAAUAGUCAUCAGUUUGCAGGCCA